AUGCUUGGUACGUUUCUCCUCUUGGGCCGUUUCGCCUCCUCCCUUCGCUCUCCGCCCUUCCUCUCCUCGGCUGAGAGGCAGGAUGGAGGAGCUGUUGCAGGAUACUCCUUCCUCUGCCCGUCGCUGGUCUGGCCGAUGAGUCGAAACCAGCUUUCAACAUUGCCAGUACAUCUCUGUAGCCUACCACUAAAAGUUUUGAUAGCAAGUAAUAAUAAGUUGGUUUCAAUACCUGAAGAAAUUGGACAGCUUAGACAGCUGACAGAGCUUGAUGUGAGCUGUAAUGAAAUACAGACAAUACCUCCACAGAUUGGCAAUUUGGAAUCUUUGCGAGACCUAAAUGUCAGAAGAAAUAAUUUGGUGCGUUUACCUGAAGAGCUUGCUGAGUUGCCUUUGAUUCGAUUAGAUUUCUCCUGCAAUAAAAUAACAACAAUACCAGUUUGUUAUAGAAACCUCAGACAUCUGCAGACCAUCAUGUUAGAGAACAACCCUCUCCAGUCACCCCCUGCACAGAUAUGUAUAAAAGGAAAAAUUCACAUAUUUAAAUACCUGAACAUAGAAGCAUGCAAGAUAGCUCCAGACUUGCCUGAUUAUGAUAGGAGACCCAUGGGAUUUGGAUCUUG